AAAACAAAAGAGAUUUCUUACCUUACAGACCUUUUACGGCUUAUUGUGUUUGUGAUCGUAGCAAAAAUAAUGACAUACAAAGGCAUUAUAUAUCACGAAUAAUGGACAACACAACUAUAGGCACAAGAAUUAUCUUAAAUACGAUCGAUUCUAUACAAUUGGACUUUAAACAUGACAAAACACAUACUAUGAGCACGGAAAUUGUAAAAAUAAAUGAUACAAGACCUUCAAAUAAUAUUAUUUCCUAUACAUCAUUGAAAGAAGACAUUUGGAAACGAUUACAAAAAACUGAAAAAAGUGCAUUUGAAUUAUAUUUCUUUGUGAGUGACAACACUAGGAUAGACCAAGAGGAAGCAGCAUUGGGUGGUUUGAAGAGAUUUAAAGUAUUUGUUGUUUACAGUGGACCCGACCCUGUCCCAGUCCUUUGGACAUCACUUGCCACGAAUGAACACCAUUUGCUACAUGUAAAGGGCUUUAAAACCAAUUAGGCUUUAUCAGAUUAUAUUGAUGUAAUGCUUCAUGAUUCAAGACUGCUUUGUGAUACUGAUAUGUUCUGGACUGGUACACAUUGCGCCUCGUGUAACUUUACAUGUACAUACAAAAGAUCCGACCAUUGCAAGACGACUUGUCCAUAUUUUGAAAAAGCUCCAUUGGAGUCAGACAGCUGCACUGAAAUUUGUGUCUGCAACACUAUUUUAUCAUUAGUUUUAAUGAUUAUUAUCAUUCUUUGUUGUAUUUUACUAUACAACAAAAAACUAUAUUUACGUUUGAGAAAAUACAUUUCAAGAAAAUGUAAACGGGGAGGAGGUAGUGACACAAACAGAACAGAAGAGCAAUUGAAUAGUAACAAUGCCAAUGAAGAAGAUGAUGGUGCUGAAACUUCUGCUGAUCAAUCUCUAGUACGUGCACCUCUUGUGAGUGGAAAUAGAAAUGAAACAUAG